AUGUCGGCACCACCUCUCCGCUGGGAACAAUCCGCCCAACCCUGCAACAGCACAGUCUCCGACCGACUCCCCAAAGAAGUCGAGAACUGCCUGAGCAAUGCCCGCUAUCUCCACCUCGCAACCUGCACCCAAAACACCCCCCACGUCUCCCUCAUGAACUACACCUACCUCCCCUCCCACCCCUUCCAGCACUCCUCAGUCCUCCCCCCAGGCCCCGCCAUCAUCAUGACCUCCAACCCCUCCUCCAAAAAGACCACAAACCUCAUCUCCAACCCGACCGUCUCCCUCCUCGUCCACGACUGGGUUUCCUCCCGACCCUCCACCACAAAUCGCGACGCAUCCCCCGUCGCCGGGCCCCGAUCCUCCCUCGCAGCGAUGCUCAUGCAGAUGAACUCGACCGAGAUGUCGUCCAUCUCUGCUACGAUCAAUGGGGAUGCGAAAGUUCUAGAGGCGGGGAGCGAGGAGGAGAGGUGGUGUAAGAGGAUGCACUUGGAGAAUAAUACGUUUGAUGCGAGUCAGCAGGCUGAAGGCGGGGGCUUUGGGGGUGCGAGCAGAGAGGAUGGAGGUCGGGGGAGUUAUAUUGAGGAUGAGGAUGUGAGGGUUGUGGUAGUGGGGAUUAGGGGUGGGAGGAUUAGUGAUUGGAAGGGUGGGGUGAAGGAUUGGGUGCUAAGGAGGGAGGGGCCGGUGGUGAAUGGGGUGUAA